CAGAUGACUUUCGUUAUGUGUCAAUGGGUGGGUUUUUAUGUUUUUUAUGUAAUGAUGCGUUGUUAUAAGAGGGUCUUGAUGAGGAUCUCAGGGGUGUUGUCUGUCACUUUGGAGUAACAUGGAAACAUCAGUAGAAAGAGGAGAGGAUCACAUCAGCUCGUUCUACCAGAGUAACCCACUGCUUGACUUGGACAUGAAACUGAGCAGGACGGACAUGUACACCUUCCAGAGCAGCGAUCUGAAACCAGCCAAGGCCAGAGGAGCACAGCGAUGUCUGAAUAUUAUUGUUGUUUACCUCAUCCUUCUGACUGCACUGAAUGCCUUCCUCCUUUACAAAGUCUUUUCGAAGGAGUCUUGUUGUUUCUCCUCCUCUGGCUCCAGGACAACGGCGCUGACCGACAUCCACAUCCCCCUGGGGACGGACCAGGAGGAGGACCUACAUACCCUGGCCAGAAACACCAGCCUGGAGUCCAACUCUCUCAGAGGAGACCUGGGGAGGUUACAGACCCAGGUCAGCAGCCUAUGUGGGGAGGAUGGACAGCUGGGCCAGCUGAGGACAGACCUGGGCGUGAUAAAUGCCAGCACCACUCUCCUUCAGGACACAGUGAAUGCACUCAGAUUCCUCAAAGCUCCACCAGGCCCACAAGGACCUAUUGGUCCACGUGGUGUGAGCGGGGCAACUGGUGCGAGGGGGGAGAAGGGAGACACAGGUGAGACAGGACAAAAAGGAGACCCUGGAGUUGAUGGCCAGACUGGAGCCAAGGGAAAACCAGGGGAACCAGGACCCAAAGGUGAAGAUGGUGCCACUGGACCACAAGGACCAGCUGGUGCACCCGACAGUGGAGCCACUAACUGUUCAGGACCCCCUGGGCUGCCAGGACCACAGGGACCAAAGGGGGAUAUGGGACACAUUGGUUUACCAGGGAUAUCAGGCCAGAAUGGAACUAAAGGGGACACUGGUGUCCAGGGGCGGGAUGGAGUAAAAGGGGCCCGUGGUCUGAAGGGUGACACAGGGCCGACAGGAGAACCUGGACCCAUAGGACCUGAAGGACCAAGAGGACCUGCUGGUGUUAAUGGAACAAGAGGACCUGCUGGUAUUCCAGGGUUGCCGGGAAGUCCUGGAAGCCAAGGUCCACGUGGAGAAAAGGGUGAAAGUGCAGCGAAUGUGCGCAUUGUUGGUGGGGGUACUCGUGGGAGAGUGGAGGUGAUGUGGUUGAACCAGUGGGGUACGGUGUGUGACGACAGCUUCGACACAUUGGAUGGGACAGUGCUCUGCAAGAUGCUUGGGUACCAAAGAGCCUCUUCAGUCUACACGGCAAGCCCCGGAGUGGGUAAGAUCUGGUUUGAUGACCUGCGCUGCACAGGCACAGAAUCCAGUGUGUUUGACUGCCCCCACAACGGCAUGGGCAUCAACAAUUGUCAACACAAUGAGGACGCUGGGGUGCAGUGUGUGUGAGUGUGUCCUGGAUCCAAAGGAGAGACUCCUGAACUCCAUCGAAAAGACUGGAGGAGAGAUGCAUAGAGAGAUACACACACACACACACACACGUAGAAAUAUUAACGUGUCAAAGACUGUAGUUAAUGGUAUUGAGACUUGUUGCAUCUACUUUGUCUCAUCUUAUUAAAACAUUAAUAACUUAUAGGCAUUUCAAUAAACAUGGCAUUUAACUAACAUGAAGCUAACUUAUUACUACCUGUAAUAAUGUACCCUGGAUGAAAGUUUAUACAGAAAAAACUGAAUUGCAUUUUGUAAACCAGUUUCACCAGUUUGAAGUAAAACAGUGAAAAAUCAGA